AUGCUGGCGGAGAAAAACAUGGCCACAAAACCAGCGUUCUUGGGCACUACUUACAAGGCAGGAUACCUUGUCCUGCAUUGUAAGGAGAGCACAUCGGCGGAAUGGGUCAAGGCGGCCAUUUCAAAUGCGUCGCCGUGGGAGGGUGCAACACUGUGGGCCACAGAGGAAUCCAAAAUUCCUCACUCUCGGAUCGCAGUGGGGUACUUUCCCAACUCAGUCAAAGUCGAGACAGCCAAGAUACUGGACUUUGUGCAGGGGCAGAAUAAAGGCCACAAUGUUGAUUCCUGGCGCCUGCUAAAAAGAGCCGAAAGAGGCUCCAACGUAACGCUAGUCGUAGCGGUAGACCAAAAAUCAGCCUCCAGCCUGAAGGAGUACAAUGGUAGAGUAAACUACCGUUUCAUCCAAGUGACCCUCAGGCUAAAAUCUGAAAACAUAACGACCGAAGAGUUAGUUGACCAAAUGGAGGCAGUGGAGUUAAAAGAAGAGGAUGAAAGUCCUCCCAAAGACUCCGAUAACCAACCAACGAAAUGA